AUGCGCUGGCGUGGGUUAGAACAAAUCGUUGAAAAGAAAUACCGGGCAAAUCUUUCAACUCAUAUCAAGACAAUAGUUGAGGUCGCGAUUGCCUUCUAUGAAAAAAAUGUUUUUGUUUCUGCCCGUUGUCUAGAAC